UUGCUAAGUAACAAAUUAUGUUAUAGUUGACGUGGUAUCAACUAUUUAAAAUCCUACAUAGUUUUUUAAUUUGUUACAGGAACUUGAUAUAUUACAUAAUUUCAAUCAUGAAGAAAACCAAGGAUUUGGCUCCUAUCGCCAUACCACAUGGACCACCUGUGGAAUCCACCUCAGAGUAUUUUAAAUCUUUGAUGGAAAGCGACAGGAUGGUAAAGAAAUAUCCAGUAUGGGAUGUCGCACGUCCAACACCACAGGUCUUAAUGGAAAAAGCACGUCGCGAUCUGAUGGAUGCCGACGAGAAACUGGCAGUAAAAAGAGCAGACGAAAAAAGAAACAGAGCCAUAAUGGAUGCAAAGUGGGAAGACUUAAGGACCAAAGAGAUACUGCUUAAAGAGUCCUUUAUAAGUUUCAACAAAUUCAUUAGAGAAAACCAAGAGAAGCGCGAUCGUGCUGAGCGCAAGAUGCAGGCGGACAACGAAGUCCUGGAGCGUAAGGCCAGGGACACGGAGGCCAUGAGACAGAGAGUCAUCGAGAUGGAAGAGGUCAAGAAACUGAUGGAGCAGCAAGUUCAGGAUUAUACUAUUUAUGAGGAUUACCUGAUGUCGGUUGUCCACAAUUAUCCUGAGUUCAAACAGCCUCUUGAUGUCCUUAACCGUUACGAAGCUUUGGCUGCUGCCAAGUCAACCCUGGCCGAGCGUCAGGAGCGUGACCUGGAGAUGUUGGAGAAUGCGCGCCAGGAGAUCGCCUCCCUCACCGAGGAGAAGAAACUCUUCAUCAUGGGCCUAAACAACACUCUAGCUAACCUCAGGUGGCGCUACGACAAAAUACGCAACCGUGUGAUAAAAUGGGAGCUUGCUUUGAAUCGCCUGAAGGAGACCGCGGCGAGACGUCACGUGGAACUGUGCCACGUCCGAUCUGCCAUCUGGAGUCUGUAUGUCAAGAUCUGCAAGCAAAAGGGCCUGUCCAUCGAUGUCGAUACUAAUGAUUUUGAACAACAGCUUGUAGUUAUCAUGAGAGCCUUACUCGAACUGCGUCGGAUUUAUAGGAUUGCACAGAAGAGGUCCAAAGAAAAGGACGCCGAGUCGAUGCAUACCAACUAACCAACGUGUGCAGUAAGAUGCUUCAUCUCUGAGAUGCCAAAGUUUUUCUCUUACUUAUUAAUACAUUAUCAAAAUUAUUUGAUUACUAUGGUAUAUUUGUAAUAUUGUUUAAUUUUUAAUAAAUACUUUAAAGAAUAAAA